AGAGAAAUUUCAGCCCCUUCCCCACAGAGCUUUCGGCACAAGGGCAGGCAGGCUGCACGCCACAUCCCCCAGGGAGCGAGGGAAAGGAGAGUUGUUGAACUGCUGGAGCUUCUGAGGCUGGGAGGGGAAGAGACAGGAAAGCAGGGACGAAAUGAACAGGCAGAACCUUCUUAUCGUAAUAACCCAGGCCCGGAGAGUGGAGCUAGCUGCUGGAGACUGCCUGCUGGUCGAUCGCUGUCCGUGGUGCUGAUUUACACUCUGAGCCUGCCCAUCUAUUUGACUUCAAUUCCAGCACUGUCUCAGUUUGCACUGAAGUUUCUCGACCCGUCAUUUGUACCAAUUACAAAUUCUUUGACACACGAGCUGCAGGAAAAACCUUCCAAAUGGACGUUUAAUAGAACAGCGUUCUUACAUCAAAGGCAAGGAAUUCUCCAGCAUGUUGAUGUAAUAAAAAAUUUUUCUUUGACCAAGAAUAGUGUUCGGAUUGGACAGCUGAUGCAUUAUGAUUAUUCCAGCCAUAAGUAUGUUUUCUCUAUUAGCAAUAACUUCAGAUCAUUGCUUCCAGAUGUCUCACCUAUCUUGAAUAAGCAUUAUAACAUUUGUGCUGUUGUUGGAAAUAGUGGAAUCCUUACAGGGAGUCAGUGUGGACAAGAAAUCGAUAAAUCUGAUUUUGUUUUUCGUUGCAACUUUGCUCCAACUGAGGCUUUCCAAAAAGAUGUUGGAAGGAAAACCAACCUUACCACCUUCAAUCCCAGCAUCCUGGAAAAGUAUUACAACAAUCUUUUAACCAUUCAAGAUCGCAAUAAUUUUUUUCUGAGUUUAAAAAAGCUUGAUGGGGCCAUUCUUUGGAUCCCAGCUUUUUUCUUCCACACUUCAGCAACUGUUACAAGAACAUUGGUUGAUUUCUUUGUUGAGCAUAGAGGGCAAUUAAAGGUCCAGCUGGCUUGGCCAGGAAAUAUAAUGCAGCAUGUCAACAGGUAUUGGAAAAAUAAACAUUUGUCACCCAAGCGACUAAGCACAGGUAUUCUUAUGUAUACUCUUGCUUCUGCAAUAUGUGAAGAAAUCCACUUGUAUGGGUUUUGGCCAUUUGGAUUUGAUCCUAACACCAGGGAAGACCUCCCCUACCAUUACUACGAUAAAAAAGGAACAAAGUUCACUACCAAGUGGCAGGAGUCCCACCAGCUGCCUGCAGAAUUCCAGCUGCUCUACAAAAUGCACGGUGAAGGACUAACUAAACUGACUUUGUCACAUUGUGCCUAAGAACUUGAAACUUGAAGUGCCAAAUGAUUGUUUAAAAAGUGCCCAAAACUGAAUGAAACAUUCUUUAAAAUAUAAUUAAAAAAAAACCCCUAAAAUAUUUUCCAUAAUAUAAAGAUGCUUUUUAAUUGCCCUUAUUACAGCUCAUCAAAAGGUUUCGGCAUAUUUAGCAAUGCAGAAAUGUUUAACAAAAUGUACUGACACUACUUAUGGUCUAGAAAAGUUUAAACUCUUUAAAAUAGACAUUUUGCAUUUGUAGAUAUGCUACUAAAUAAGUUUUAAAAUAUUUUCAUAUGUAUUUUAACAUUACACUAAAUGCCUCUAACCACCACAUUUUAAUGUUCCUUGUUAAUUAGAAUUAGAACUAUCAGUUUCAAUAUAUUGCUUAUCUUACAGCUAUUACUAUUAAUAGUGAAACAUACACAUGUUGUGAUGGCUAAUAGAGAAAUCUAAUCAACAUGACUAUUUAGUUGAAGUUCUUUAGAAUAGAUUCUGAUUUUUCACAGCUUUCAGAUGAUCUGUGGACUUGUAUUUGGCAUUUUCCUAGGAAUAAUAUUGAAGUGAUGAGCCUUGUCAUACCUAGAUAUAUACAUUGAUCUUAGGUUACUUCAGUGUUAUAAUUCAAUCUGAGACAAAUCCUAGAGUCAGACCCACUUAAAUCAAUAGGAAUGUUGUCAUUAACAUCAAUGCAACUGAAUUUGGCCCUUUGAUUUUAAAAGUAAUGUAUCAAGAUUAAUAAUACAAUUUUUAAACAUUCCUAUUCUGUGAUGAGCAGACCUCGGGCAUCCGAGGAAGAGCCCUUUGUAACCAUACCCACACAUCCUCAAAAGGGUUGUGAUUUUAGGAAAAUAAAUCCUUUUGAGGAAGAGCACAGUUUACAAUAGUCUUUUUGUCCUAGGCUCUGCUAUUCCAAACUCCCCUUUAAUAAAGUUUUUGCUACACUCCCAGUUGCCACAAACCUAACCUACAUAUCUAAGGCCACUACAAGAAAUGGGAUUUCCACUUCCUACCCCAUUGCACUGCACUACCUGCCAAAGCUCUGGUUCUGCAAUGAGCUCUGUGACAGCUCUGGAAUCCACCCAUGCAGGCCUCAUUACAGGAUCAAGGCUGCAACUAGCCAUUCAAUUUUUGCAUACAUUGUUUAUUUUUCCUUUUAGUGCUACUGUACCUCAAGCACGAUUAUCCUAUGUGUUUGGAGUGACACACUGUGUUGUGUUCCAAAAAUAGCAUCCAUAUUGGGUCCCUCUCCAUGUCCUCUUAAAAAAUGUGCAGAAACCAGGGUAACCAUGACAUUAUUUUUAAACCAGUGUAUAUCAUUCUGUCUACAAAAAAAGUAUAACAAUGAAACUUAAUUCAACAAACAUCUUUAAUAGGUUUAUUUGGGAGCAGUGGGGAUAAAGCUCUGUGCCAACAAUAAUUACAGAAUAAAAUUACCUGGCUAAAAUUUUCAAACUUAGGUGCCAAAAAAUAACCACCCUAAACCCAUAUUUAGGUAACUAAGUAUUCAUUGAAAUCAAUGGGUAAUGCAGGGUUCUAAGCCCAUUUGUAAAUCAGGCAAUUUAUAUAAGGGCCUAAUUUGGAGUCCUACAUUUGGAAAUGUUGGCCAUCAUGUCUCAGGCCAAUUGAUUCUAAUAGUUUUAAAUUAAAACAAUUAUGCUUAAAAUAUUCUAACAAUUUUUAUAUUAUUUUGUAUGGCUUUAAGUGAAGAAUAACUAAGUCCUAGAGGUGUCUGCGAUAAUGAUGUAAAAUAUCACACAUGCUGCUAUCUUCGUUUUUUCAAGAUUCUUUAUCUACAAAGUAGAAAUAGAACUUAAGAAAGGAAGACUCCACGGUAAUCUAGACUAUUUUAAUCAAUGAGGAAUGGUCUCCCCCUCCAUGGAAGCCACUGAAACGUUUUCAUAGCCAUGGUACUGUUUGCUGAGAUGGUCAAGCUAGCAUUGGUGAAGGAUGAUAGUGGGGGGUCACUGCUUUAUUUAGCAUAUUCCCCUAAAGCAUCCAUGGUGAAAUGCUGACCCUAAUGAACUCAAUGGGAGUUUUGCCUUCAAUUUCAACAGGAAUUUCUGCCUCUGUUCUUUUCGGAGUGAAAAUCUGCCUGAGACUUAAAGUGAAAUCCUAGCCCUAAUCAGGCUAAUCAGAGUAUUUCCACUGACUAAAGAAGGGCCAGGAUUUCACCCUUAAUGCCUAGCAGCAUUAGUUCCCUUUCUAGGUUUCCACCUCCCUCAGGAUUCCCAUUUGAGGGGAGCAUGGAGCCCAUCAAACCCACCUUGUAACAACUUUAAAAAACUCUGAAUCCCAAUGCUUUGUGAUGGAAAAAUGAAUUCUACCCCUCUGACUUUGCAUCAUCAAACUCAGCCUGUGCUAUACAGUCUUAUUAAAGUGGUAAUACCACCAGCAAAGGACACCAGCCCCAUUCACUGAAUGGAGAUACUGAAACAGCAAGAGUAUGAAAACCAUUUUGAGAAUUCCUCUUUUACUGGUAGAGAGGACAUCACCAAAAAUUGCUGGUUUUGUUUUGUAAAUAGAAACUUAAAACUGAAAGUGUUUAGGAGGAGGUUAGCUAUACCCCAAAUCACAGAGUUAGAAUAUGCCAUCAUACUGUUAAUGGAUUACUUCAGAUUCUCCUGUUUACAAAACACAUUAUUGCAAAAUUGUCUUGCCCAGUUGUAUAAGCCUGCAUCUGCUUUCCUUAUUGUCUGUCCUGCUCAGUAUUCUUAAGAAUUAAUAGGCUAGAUCAGGUGUUGUUAUUAUUGAGUGUCCUCAUAGUGGUACGGUACCAAUGUAUUAUGGCUCCAUAUGAUUAAUUUUUGCUAUUUUAUUUAUUAUUUGCAUUGCAGUAGCAUGUGGAAUCCCGUAUUUGAACUUAGCUCUUCAUUGUGCUAGCCACUGUUUUAACACAGGACAAAAAGACAGUCACUGCCCUAAAAAGCUUACAAACUAAACAUUUAAGGUAUGUCUAGACUACAUGGCUCUGUCGACGGAGCCAUGUAGAUGAG